AUGUCUGAAUCUUCACAAACCACUAAAACCGGACGGUCUACUCGAUCAAAGACAAAAAUCGAUCCCUCAAAGAUUAUCAAGGACGCGGUCCCCGUUACAGUUGUUCAUGCAUCCAAACCCAAAGUUCAAUCCAAUGACGCUGAGAAGCAAGGAAAAGGAAAAACUGUUGAGAAGAAGGGAACUUCUGAGGUAGGCGAUGAUAUCUCUCUUUCUACUGCUAAAAUUGCUAAAUCUAGUAAAGGAAGUUCUAAAAGAAAGAGAAGAGACUACAAGUCUAAGUUUGCUCUGUCUAUGUCUGAUUUGGUUUUUGAUUCGAAUGUUAACACAUCUGAGAAAGCAACUGAAGUAAACCCCAAAACUGUGUCUGAUGUUGUUGAAACAAUCGUGUCAACCGGUGAUAACCCUAGUCUAGAAAAAUUGGGGUCUGAAGCUGAAAAGAGAGAUCUUAAUUCUAUGCCUGUUGAAACGGAGAUUGAAAACACCCAUACAGAAGUUGAGUCUGACAUUGCUGAUAAAUCACCAACUCUUGCUGAAAUGGAAACUGAUGCUGCAAAAGAUGUUGAGACAACUGUCACAACAUCUGAAACCUCAGAUGAAGAGACUGAAAUUGCUGAUGAAGGAGUUUCUGCUGAUGAAGAGGAAACUCAAUCUGAAGAGAAUGAGGACAAAGCGUUUCACCUGUUGUGUGCUUUUCCCAAGUCUCUUGACAAUCUCAAGGAUGCAUUGCUAUAUGGCAAAGAAGGCACUAUCACCUUGGAUGAAGUCCAAUCGGCCUUGAGAACCAAGGAGUUGACUAAACUCAGAGAUAUGAAAAUUGAUGAUAGUGGAGAAGGCUUGAAUAUUGCAAGGGGGAGAAGUGAAAACAAAGGGAGAGGAAAAGGGAAGAAACACAGGUCCAAGUCUAGGGCAAAGGGUGAUGGUGGUGGCAAGUUCAAAUGUUACCAUUGUCAUGAACCAGGUCACUUCAAGAAGGACUGUCCCGAGAGAAGGGGUGGUGGUAGUUCGUCAGUUCAAAUUGCCGCUAGUGAGGAGGAAGGUUAUGAGAGUGCAGAGCACUAA